AGUCGUGCUGCCUCGCCUCCGAAAUACCAUUAUCAAGAUCCGAUAAGCCGCACCUCGACAAUGGGCAAAUGCAACAACCGCAGACAAAGUCCGCAGUUUCGAGGUGUCAAAAAAAGUGGAGCCACAUGCCGCCAUCAACUGUCCCUCCUUGCCCAAAUUAUUUUAUUUACAAUUCACCAAACCACCAUGUUCGGCACAUUAACGAAACGUUGUUUGGCUGCCACUAGAUAUCGAUGCAUGUCAACGGCAACAGCUUCAAGCAGCAGCGCUUCCAUGAAAACUGACCCUGCCAACGCAUUGUUUGAAGCCACUUUGCCUUUUGUGCCUCGACAUGGCUGGACCAUGGAGAGCAUGGUGCGUGGUGCAAAGACACUUGGUUACCCUUCUGUUGCCCACGGCGUUUUUGAACAUGGUGAAGCAAGCCUUGUCGACGCGUUUCUGACAAAAUGCCGAACUGAUCAUGUUGCCAUGAUUAAGCAAUCAAUCACAGCACAAAUAGAAGCAGCACAGCAGCCUGAACAGCAAGCACCAGUACAACUAAGAAAGAAGUCUAUGGGCGAAAAUGUUCGAGAAUAUACAUCGAUGCGUCUGGAGCUAAUGAAGCCUUAUGCUCAUCGAUGGCCUGAGGCACUUGCGAUUAUGGCACAUCCAGCAAACGUUCCCAUGUCAUUAAAACAUCUCGCAGAGCUUGUGGAUGAUAUCCUUUAUUACGCUGGUGACAGAAGCCCUGAUUUUAACUGGUAUGUGAACCGGGCCGGAUUAGCUACCGUGUAUACCUCCACCGAAUUGUUCAUGACACAAGACCGAUCGGCUGACUAUGCCGAAACUUUCCGCUUUUUGGACCGUCGUUUGGAACAAGUUGCGCAACUGGAGGCGGGUAAAAAAGAAUUGGGUACAAUGCUGAAUUUCGGCGCAAAGAGUUUUGUCGGGCUGCUCGGGAUCCGAGGCAUCCAACUUUAAGAGCAAAUUACAAUAUAGCAUGAAAAUAAAUAGCA